GACAACGACGGCUGCUUUACUCACAAGAAACGCGCGUAUGUCGAAAAUUGUAGCGCGUACGUAUAUCGGUGUGUAGAAAUUGCUAAAAAAUUGUGUUGCACUUUAACAAUUGUGUGAAAUUUGCGUGUUGUAUUUGUUAAUUCAAAAAUAUUACAACCAAAAAGAAAUCAAUCAAGUCAGCGACGACGAAGUCAAAGCAAAUUACAAAAGUUCCCCUAUCUAAAAUAACAACAAAUAGCCCGCUAUAAAAGGAAAUCGCAACCAUCAAACAACAAAAACAAAUUUUGGAUACGCUCAUAACAACAAAAGCAAGAACAACAAUAACAAUAAUCAAAUUUUCGCUGCAUUUGCUAAGUGAUCCGACCAAUUACAACAACAACAACAAUAACAAAGUAAUUAAAAAGAAAACUAACAGCUGGAGGUGCAACUAGAAGAAGAAGUAACAGCAUCAGCUCGUCGCAGUUCCAAAGCUGGCCCAUAAAAUGCCAACUAGCAAUUAAAACCAACUGACCAUCUGGAGGAGCAGCGCCACGACACCGGCAAGUGGUGUUGACAAGAAUUUGCUGAGCAUGCAACGGACACAAAACCAAACAGCAGCCGUUGACGAAGCAGCAGCAAGAUUGGAGUACGUCUGCACCAUCAGCAGGAGCAGGAGCAGCAGCAGUUGCAACAGCAAUAAACGAACUAGCAAUCAAAGGAGCAGCAGCAAUCAGAGGAGCAGCAAUUGCUGCAGCAGGAGCUGCAGGAAUAGCAGCAGCAUCACAGUCAGAGCAGCACAUCAUUGGCUCCUCUGAGCGGGUGUACGAAAACAGGACGCUAGACCAGGACGAGACGGCCCCGGGCGUGUGUGCGUUGUGUGUGUGUACGUCGGCCGUCUCAGUCAAUUCGAGGAGCAGCAAAAACUUGAACUUUAGCUUAAAGUGGUGGAUUAGUUGAUGAUCUUACCUACAUCAAACUGAUAACUGCAGCAGAAGAGCAGCAAACUUGCAACUCCAACGUCAACGUCAACACCCAACACCAACAAAACAUCCCCACUACAAUAAUUAUCAAUACUAAAUUUGUAAUUAACAAGGAUAAGCGCAACUACAACAAUGUCAUCCAACGAACCACCGCCACGUUAUGAGCCCGUUGUGGAGCCCAUCAAUGGCAUCGUACAGCCACCGGUUGUGCCGCCUCAGGAGCGACCCGGACGCAAUACAAAUCAAUUGCAAUACAUCAUGAAAACGGUGAUGAAAGUGAUAUGGAAGCAUCACUUCUCGUGGCCCUUUCAACAGCCUGUCGACGCCAAGAAACUCAACCUGCCCGACUAUCACAAAAUCAUCAAGCAGCCAAUGGACAUGGGCACGAUCAAGAAGCGUCUGGAGAACAACUACUAUUGGACGGCCAAGGAGGCCAUACACGAUUUCAAUACGAUGUUCACCAACUGCUACGUGUACAAUAAGCCCGGCGAGGAUGUCGUUGUGAUGGCCCAAACAUUGGAGAAGGUAUUUCUGCAGAAGAUUGAAUUGAUGCCCAAGGAGGAGCUCGAACUGGAGCCGGUGACGGCCAAGGGUGGCAAGAAGAAGGCGCGUGCACCGCCCGCCCCAAAGGUGGCAAGCAGCAGUGGUGGCAGCAGCAGCGGUGUUGGCGGUGUUGCCGCCGCCGCCGCAUCGACCACAUCGGCGGUGGCCACAACAUCGACAGCGAGCAGCACACCAUCGGCGCCGGGUGGCAAAUCCUCAGCACAAUCCUCCACACAGUUGCCUACGAUGGGCGGCGGCGGCCUAUCACAAUCAGCGGCGACAGCGGUGGCAACACCCACAUCGGCGGUAGCAGCCGCCGCCGCCGCCGCUGCAGCCGCGGCCGCAGCAGCAGCAGCCUCACGACCCGUAUCCGCAAUUGGCGGCAUGGUUUCAUCGACGGCCGGUGGCAUGGCACCGAGCAUACCACCGAUCAGCACAAUGCCACCGCACACGGUGCCGGGCAGCACGAAUACAACGACCACAGCAAUGGCGGCGACGGGUGGCGGCGGCGGUGCAACGAAUGCGGCGCUCAAUGCCAUGGCCAGCCUCUUAAAUCCUGCGCAGAGCGGCGGUGCCGGCUAUGGAGCUGGUGGCGCCCAACAACAGACAUCGUUGAACAGCAGCUCGCUGCUGGUCGAUGGCAACGCUGCAGCCGCAGCGGUUGCUGCCCAAGCGGCAGCUGCUGCCGCCGCCGCAGCACUUGCAGCGGGCUCUGCGGGCGGCGGUGGCGGAGCCGGUGGCGUUACAAUACCAACGUCAGCCGUGACAGCGGCCAACGCGGUGCAGGCGUAUGUGAACAGCACCGGCGGCGUCGGCGUUGGUGUCGUCGAUGCCGUGAUACCGCCACAGCAGCCGGCCAAGAUGAAGAAGGGCGUGAAACGGAAGGCGGACACCACAACGCCGACAGCGAAUGCGUUUGAAUCGCCCUAUGCCCAAAUGGACUCAAAGGCGGCCAAAAUUGCGACGCGGCGGGAAUCGAAUCGUCAGGUAAUUGGCAAGAAGGAUCUUACAUUCCAGGGCUCGGGCUAUCCAAUGUCGCCAAUGGGCGUCGCUGGCGUGGCUGGUCUUGGGGCCGGCGGUGCCGUGGGCGGUGUGGCUGGGGCCAAGUCCAAGGAGAAGCUGUCGGACGCACUCAAGUCAUGCAACGAGAUACUCAAGGAGCUGUUCUCGAAGAAACACUCCGGCUACGCUUGGCCCUUCUACAAGCCGGUGGACGCGGAGCUGUUGGGACUGCACGACUAUCACGACAUCAUCAAGAAACCGAUGGAUCUUGGGACGGUGAAGCGUAAAAUGGACAAUCGUGAAUACAAGAGCGCGCCGGAAUUUGCAUCCGAUGUGCGAUUGAUAUUCACCAACUGCUACAAAUAUAAUCCGCCAGAUCAUGAUGUCGUUGCGAUGGGUCGCAAGCUGCAGGAUGUGUUCGAGAUGCGGUAUGCCAACAUACCCGAUGAGGCGGUGGCAAAUGCCUCGCAUCAUCAUCAUCAUGGCUACACGAGCACCACGAAGCACGAUGCCAGCGAUUCGUCCAGCGAGGACUCGAGCGACACGGAAAACGAAUCGAAUUCCGAUGAGGAGCGCAAUGCGAAGCUGAAAAUGCUCGAAUCGAAGCUGCUGGGACUGCAGGAGGAGAUACGCAAACUGGUCGAGGAGGCGUCCGCCAAAAAGAAGGCCAAAAAGAAACUCAAGGGGAAGAAGAAGAGCAUGGGCUCAACGGGCGCCAGCGGUGUCGGCGGCGCCGGCGGUCCUGGCAGUGGCAAUCAUUCGCAUGCCCAAAGUGCUGGCAAUGCGGGCGCCCACGGUGGCGUCUCGAUGCCCGGCAAUGUGGCGGCGCUCAAUGCCAGCGGCGCUGCAAAUGCGGCCAAUUUGUCCGCCCUGCUCAGCGGGUCGCUGGUGGGCGCCGGCGCUGGAGGCGUGCCCGCCGGUGUGGGCGGCGCCUCGGGACUGCAUCAUCCGCACGAUCUGGCCCUGGCCAUACAGUUGUCGGGCGGCGCACCAGGCGGUGGACCUGGUGGCUACGGCGCUGGCAGCGUCAAUGCAGCUGGCGGCGUCUCUGCGGGCGGUGGCAAGGCGGCGGCAAAUGCAUUGGCCGCCCUGGCGGCUGGAGCAGCGGCUGGCGCUGGCGGCGGUACUGGAGGCGGCGGCAGCAGUGGCAGUAAAGGUGCUAAGCUAAAGGGUCAGCGUGGCGCAAAGGGCAGCGCCGGUGUCUCGGCUGGCGGAGCGCCAGGCGGCGCAUCUGCUGGUGCAGGCGCCGCUGUGGGUGCGGGCAGCGGUGCGUCCGGUGGCGGUGGUGGCGGCGGCGGCGGCGGUGCCAAUGCGAAACGCGGCAAGAGCAGCAGCAGUGCCGGCGCUGGAGCUGGCGGCGGAGGCGGCGGUGCUGGUGGAGCUGGUGGCGCUGGCGGCGGAGCCGGUGCGCGCGGCAGCAGCAAAAAGAAGCCCAGCCAGGUGAUGAACUUCGAUUCGGAGGAGGAGGACACCGCCAAGCCCAUGUCGUACGAUGAGAAGCGACAGCUCUCGCUCGACAUUAAUAAGCUGCCAGGUGACAAACUGGGACGUGUGGUGCACAUAAUUCAGAAUCGGGAGCCAUCGCUGCGCGACUCAAAUCCGGAUGAGAUUGAGAUCGAUUUCGAGACACUAAAGCCGUCGACGCUGCGCGAGCUUGAAAGCUAUGUGGCGUCGUGUUUGCGCAAAAAAACACGUAAGCCAUAUUAUAAAAAGCCUUCCGGUAAAUCAAAGGAUGAGCAAAUGGCGGAGAAGAAACAGGAGCUGGAAAAGCGAUUGCAAGAUGUCACCGGCCAAUUGGGCGCUAGCAAGAAAACAGCCAAGAAAGAUGAAACGACAUCGAGCAAAGUUGAAGCUGUGCAGCCAGCAAAUCCUGUGUCAUCUAGUUCAAGUUCCAGCGAUUCAUCGUCCUCGAGUUCGAGUGAUAGCAGUUCGAGUGACUCGAGCGAUAGUGAAGCAGGCGAGGAUAUUGAACGGCCACCGCGCAAGAAAAAAUCACGUGAUUCAAAUGGAAGCAAUGUAAAUAAUAAUCCCAGCUUGGUCAGCAAUUUGCUCAGUCUGUCCGUUACUGGCGGCAACUCGAGAAUGGAACUGGAUCGGGUGGAACAGAUGAUGUCGGCCGUGCACAGUCGAGUGUCGGCCAAUACGCCCACAUCACAAAUGAACUUACUGGACAAUGUGAAUCCAAUGGCUGCGGCAGCCAUGCUGAAUAACAACAACAAGACAGCGCCGGCUGGCAGCUAUGGCAGUGGCAACAUGUUGCAUGCCCAGCAGCAGCAGCAACAACAGCAGCAGCAGCAGCAGGUGCAUCAUAAGAAUGGCCAUGCAACUGGAGCUGCUGGCGUUAACGAGCUGCUUGCUGGCGGUGGCAAGGCGUUGGCCGGUGGCGCAGGAGCAGCGGCGGCAGCUGCAGCUGCAGCUGGAGGUUUGCCUCCGCAUGCUUAUGGUGGCUCAGCAGCAGCAGCUGCAGCGGCAGCGUCGUCGGGAAGCAUUGGUGGCAUACGGAUUGCCAGCAAUCUGCACAAGCAGCCCGAGAUGAGCGACCAUCAUGCGGCGUUAAGCGCCGCCUUGGCCUCAACCGGUGCCACCGCCAACAAUAACAACAGCACCAACACAAACAACAACAACAACAGCAACAGUAACAAUAACAACAGCAACACUGGCACACACAGCAACACAACAGCAGCUGGUGCAGCAGCAGCGGGAACACUUGGCACCGGCGAUGCAUUGUCAAGCGAUUCGCUGGCCGCGGGCCUUAAGCAAAUACCGCAAUUCGAUGAUCCUGUGGAGGAGUCGCUCGCCUCCAUGGAGAGCAGCGCCUUCUCCACGGGCAAAUCUUCGCUGGAGGAUAACUUUUUAAUGUCCCACCAUUCGCAUUUAAUGCAUCAGCAGCAGCAGCAGCAGCAACAGACGGGUAACCAGCAGCAACAGCAACAGUUUGGCCUGCAACAGCAACAGCAGCCGCAUCAACAACAGCAGCAACAGCAACAACAGCAGCACAUUGAUUAUAUGACAGAGUUGCUGACGAAGGGAGCUGAGAAUAUGGCUGGAAUGAAUGGUAAUCAUCUGCUGAAUAAUACCAUCUUUAAUCUGGAUAUUGCGUCAGCCACAGCUUAUCAAAAGCAGCAGCAACAUGGCCAGCAGCAUGGCCAUCAGUCACAGCAGCAGCAGCAACAACAGCAACAGGCGCACAACAAUGGCUACAAUGUGCCAGACUUUAGUGGUAUGCCAGGCUUUGAUAAUCUCACAAUGUCAGCGACACUGCUCGAUCAGCUCAUGAUGAGCAAUGUGACGAGCAACAAGCACAAGGAUAACGAUCACCAGCAACAGCAGCAGCAGCAACAACAGCAGCAACAGCAGCAGCAGUUGCAGCAUCAACAACAUCUGCAACAGCAGCAGCAGCACUUGCAGCAGCAACAGCAACAUCACCAGCUGCAGCAACAGCAGCAGCAACAGUUGGCGCAGCAACAGCAACAGUUGGUGCAGCAGCUACAGGGCAGUCAAGCGGCCAACAAAAUGCUAAUCAUACCGAAACCCAUCGAAUCCAUGAUGCCCAGUCCGCCCGACAAGCAACAGUUGCAACAACAACAUCAGCAACAACAGCAGCAGCAACAGCAUCAGAAGGUGUUGCCGCCACAGCAAUCACCCUCCGAUCUAAAGAUGCAUGCGGCUGGCAACGCUGGCUUCGCGCAAGGCUUUAAGAUGGCCGCCGAGCCGAAUCUGAAGAACGCCAGCUCAUGGUCGUCGCUGGCAUCGGCGAGUUCGCCGCAGAAUACGGCGACAACGUCGAGCAAGGCGAAACCGGCAAUGGACUCAUUCCAACAGUUCCGAAACAAGGCGAAAGAACGCGAUCGCCUCAAGUUGCUGGAGGCGGCCGAGAAGGAGAAAAAGCAUCAAAAGGAGGCAGCCGAAAAGGAACAGCAACGCAAGCAUCACAAGUCCUCCUCCUCAUCGUCAUCAUCAUCGUCCUCGGCAGCGGCCACAGCAGCCGCAGCGGCAGCAGCAGCUGCAGCAGCCGCAGUUACCACACAAUCGGCCGCAGUGGCUGCAGCAGCGGCAGCGGCUGCCACAGCGGGCAGCGGUGUUGCCUCCAGUCACAACAGCAACAAUGCUGGCGGCGGCGCUGGCGGCAGCGGCGUUGGCAAUGCCUCGUCACAGUCGACGGCACAGCAGCAGAGCAGCAGCGGCGAUCGGGAGCGCGGCGGCGGCGGCAGCAGCGCAACGGAUGCGUCGCGCAUUGGCAGCGGCAGCGGUGGCAACAACAGCAGCAACUCCAUCAACAGCAACGGACCCGGCAGUGCGGGCAGCGGCAGCGGCGGCACUCUCGGUGGCGCCAACAGCGGCGGCAGCCUCAGCAGCAGCGCCCUCAUCAAUGUCAGCAGCAACAGCAACAGCGGCGUCGGCAGCGGCGCUGCCAGCAGCAACAGCAACAGCAGCCUCGGCGGCGGCGGUGGCGGUGGCAGUGGCCUCAUCACCGGCUCCAAUAGCCAAGGUGGCAAUAGCGGUGGCGGUGGCAGCGGCAUUGGCCUUGGGGCUGCCACAAUGGGCGGCACGGCUCCCGGCAACGGGCAUCAGGCGACCAGCAAUGCCCAGGCGCAACAUGCAGCCGCCGUGGCAGCAGUUGCCGCUGCACAGGCCACAGCUGCCGCAACAGCAGCGGCGCUCGCUGCUUCGCCGCUGGGCACCAUGGAAAGCGGACGGAAAAGCGUGCAUGAUUCACAACCGCAAAUAUCGCGGCUGGAGGACAUCAAAGCAUCGCCCGGUCAGGGACAGAAUUCGCCAGCGCAGCAAUCGCCGCAGGAUCGCGCGGCUGCUAAGCGUGCGGAGCAGCGUAAAGCCGAGCAGGAGCGUCGUCGACGCGAGGCGCUGGCUGGCCAAAUUGACAUGAAUAUGCAGAGUGAUCUAAUGGCCGCCUUCGAGGAGACGCUGUAGGCAACGGCCGUGACGGCUGUGUCGUCCUCUACCAACAACAACAACAACAACAACAAUAGCAACAACAACAGCAACAACAACUACAAUCAUAACAGCAGCAAAAACAGCAAAUCCAAAUCGAACAGCGGCAGCUCAGUCGCCAAAUCACAUUCGUCGAAUUCGCAUAAGCGUCGAUCGCAUGGAAAAGAACAUCAUCAGCAUCAACAUCAUCGCAAAGGAAAGUGACAGCAAGAGUCAACAACUUAUGAGUAAGAGAAUAUGAGUAUCAAGAAGGACAACAGCCUGAUCAAAAGGCAGAGCUGGCACUUCAACAACAACAAUAUCAGCAACAACAACUACAACAGCAAUACAUAUUUACACAUUAGAUGCGCAAAUACAUCAACGUCGAUAACGAUAACGACAACGACAACAACAGUUGUUAGGCAUAAGCAAUGGUCUAAGAGUAAUUAUUCGUUACACGUUACGCGAUACAUACAUAGAUAUUUAAAUACGUACUACAAUUAGCGAGUAUAAACACUAGCAACAACAACAACAACAAAACAAACAUCAUGUGUGUUUCGCAUAUGUAUUAUGCGUAUCUAUGAAUAGAAAAACGCGCGCACACGACAUCAUGAGGAAAACACAUAAAGCAAACAGUAGACACAACAAAUAGCAAACAAAAUGUAACACAAUCAGAGCAAUAAUUAUGAAGAUGAAGUAGACGACGACGAUUUCGUGUCUUCAGCAGAGAAACAGAAAGAGAAAGCGAAAGCGAAAGAAAGAGAACGAGUAGCGGAAAACAAAUCCUAACAAAGAAGGCAUAUUUCCUUUGGUUACACUAAACAACAACAAAAAAAAACAAACAAAAAUAAAACAAAAAAAGGAAAAAACCAAGUAGUUUUUUUUUAUACAUUAUUAUUAAUAUACAUUUAUAAUCUAUUAAUAUAUAUAAAUUGUAAUAUUGAUUAUUGAUUUGUAGGCGUUUAAGUUCUAAUAUUAUGAUAAAGAACAACCAAUACGAUUAAUUUUUUUUUUUUUUUUUUAGAAUUGUUACCUAAUUUAAUGUUAUAAGUGCAUAUAUACAAACAACAUCAACAUUAACAACAACAAAUAAUAAGAGAAGUCCAAUUUUUAAACCUAAUUUAAUUGAUUGUAUAGUUUUUGGACACCAGUGAUGCCAAUUUGACCCUUUUCCGGACAGAUUCAUCCCGUCUUCAAAUAUUUUAGUCUGGGAAUAAUAUCAAACAUCGCCUACAUGAAAAUCUGUAACCCUUUUAUUUAGAAUUAGAUAAUUUAUCAAUUAUGUAUAUUAUGAAACAAUUUUUAUUACAAAAUAUUCUUCGAAAAAACAGCUUGGCAUCUCGCUAUUUUGCGCACUAUUAUCUCGAUCUCGAAACGAUCAACUGCCAGAUUUUAUAAGCUGUCGAUGUGUUGAGAUGAAUCGAGCCUAUUACAAAUUGUCGCAUAUAUUGCACAAUAGAUCAAAUAAGUGGGCAACACAUGUCGACAAAAUCCGUGCAAAGCGCAUCGUGUUCAGCAUAGUGAAAUCUUGACAAAAAAGCUGCGUUAGCUAUGUUUAAAGUUCAGCCAGUUGAUCACUCAACAAAAAAAAAACACAAGUUUGAUUAAUAACAUAUUUAUUCAUUGGCUGUGCAUUUUAAUGGCGAUCAAAUGACGAUAAAGAUCAAUAAUUGUUUGUCUUCUUUUUCAUUCCUUUUAUUUUAUGGAAAA